UAUAAAAAAAAAAAAAAAAAAAAAAAAAAAAAGAAAAAAAACAGGUGAAAAGAUAAAAGUCGAUGAUUCAUUUGAAAUAUAACGAUGAAAUGAAUUUCGAUUGAAUUUCGUUUUAAUCGAAGAAUUUUAUUGAGUACAUCGUGACUCUUUCGAGAAGGCAAGAAGAUAGAAGAAAAAGAAGAAGAAGAAGAAGAGGAGAAGAAGGAGAAGAAAAAAAAAAGAAGAAGGAAAAGGAAGAAGCUUUCGUCGAUAGCUCUUUUUAUCCUCUAUCUUUAUCUCCCUCGUUCUCUCUCUCUCUCUCUCUCUCUCUCUCUCUCUCUCUUUCACUUUCUAAAUCGUUAUGUCCUCGUGCAACACAUGUUUCUCGUCUGGCUCCCAGGCCCGAAAGAUCUUUCAAAGUCGGUCGAACGUGUUCAGGAAUAAAUCUUUAGAUGGAGCUCGUCGUUUAGGAUUAUAAUUUCCUGUUUUUAAAAGAGCAAUGUGUAAUCACAAAAGGAACGACGAUUGUUAUUGUUGUUAUUGUUGUUAUUGUUGUUAUCAUUAUUGUUGUUAUUAUUGUUCAUGCGCAUUCAUAAGAUUUAUUAUUAUCAGUGUGAUCCGAGAAAAGUAAUAAAUUGAUUGUUUGGGAAAUGUGAUCGUGAAAUGAUCGUAAAACCAUGUUAAACAUGGAUAAUACGGAGGAAUCGCCAAAGAGGCGAUCAACAUUUUAUGUUUCUUUGGACGGUGGUGAACCACGACAGACGACAAAAAUAUCUAAAACCUGUAAUAAUGUAAUUAAAUCGCAAGACGUUGGAAAGGAUAUUAUAAAAAAAUCAUCGUCCUCGUCGUCAUCUUCGUCCACGUCGUCAUUCGUUUGCAAUACAUUUCCAAUUGGCAAUACAAAAAUAGGAACGUCUUCGAUCGGUAUCACAUCAAUAUCGCCAAAGGUAAUACUUACUAGGACAUUGAGCAAUAACGAGUCCGUAACGAGUAAUAGGAAACAACACGACGAUUCUUUACCAGAAAGUCACAAAGGAAAGGUACAAUCAUUGACAAGGAUAUUUGAAAGCGGCAAAGGAUCUUCUUCUAUUAAUGAUCGAUCUAAUAACAACAGGAUCAUUGUUGGGAACGAGGAUAGAAAGAAAGUUGAAAGAACGAGAUCGUUCAAGACGAUUGAAAGGUUUCAAAAUCGUUUUACCGGUAGGAAGGAUUCAACGAGAAAAGAGAAUCGUUUGAACAAUACGAUAGCUUGUUUCGAAUUAGAGGAGGAUGACGGUAAACGUAAGAGAAAAAAUAAGAACGAGGAGAGUGAGAGCAUUGCCGAUGAAAAUAAUAGGAUGAUAAGCGUGGUCAACAAUGUGGUCAACGUGAAAUGUUGCAAUAGUGAUGGUGGUACUGGUGCUAGUGGUGGUGGUAGUAGUGGUGGUGGUGGUGGUGGUGGUGGUGGUGGUGGUAAUAGUGACGCCGGUGGUUCUGGUUUAGGUAUUACUGGUUCCGUCGGUGGUAAUGGUAAUACCAACGCCGGUAGUAAAGGGGAGGAAAAGAAACAACAAUCUAGCGGUAACACAACCUUGACGAAUCUUCUGAUUAGAAGGACUCAUAGCACGAAAUUAGCUAGAAGCGGUAGUUCCUUGCUUCGUUCCGCCAACAGACACGCUUCCGUCGAUAGUUCCUCGAUCGUCGCAGUGGCUGCUGCUGCGUCGGUCGCUGCAGAGAAACGUCCCGUAGCUGAGAGAGCUAAGGAUCGUGACCGUGAGGUCACGGCCGAUCCUUCUGCGGACAACUCUGACUGCAUCGAGUCCUCCCUAUUCGAAGAUGCACCGGACAUCGAUGGGGGAAUGCAUUCUGAUACGUCGUACGAGAAAGCUUGCCGAAGAGGAAGUGCACCGGCUACGCCGGUACUCGGAGGACGGCCCUUGGAUGUUACACCAAAUAGGAUCGUCAACUUCUUCUCAAAGAGAUCGUUCCGAUCGAAUCCUUUAAAAAGGACGAAGAGCGUGACUAAGCUCGAACGACAAAAACAACGUGGCGCCGGUCUACGGGGUUGUCGUUCGCACGAAUCCCUCCUUUGCGGGCAGGCCGUGACCUCGAUGGACCUCGCUGCUGUGACGCCGCUUCAUCCGAGCCUCCUUGGUAGACCUCAUUGCUUCCAGGUCACACCCAGUACCGGUGCACCAAAGUAUUUCAGUUGUAGAACGGCACACGAACGGGACCAGUGGUUACACAGUUUGAGGAAGUCGGUACAACCGGAUGCGGAACAAACUAGAAGGACGGACAAUUCCUUACAAAUUUGGUUACUCGAAGCCAAAGGUGUCCCGGCUAAGAAACGUUAUUUCUGCGAGGUCUGUCUCGACAGUACGCUUUAUGCACGAACAACUGCCAAGCUUAAAGCAGAUUUGUGCUUUUGGGGUGAACACUUUGAUUUUCAUCAUCUUCCAUCUGUCAAUACGAUUCAAGUUAAUUUAUAUAGAGAGGCCGACAGGAAAAAGAAAAGAGACAAAAACGUUCUAAUUGGUUCGGUCAGCAUACCAGUUCACAACGUAACAUCUCGUUAUCUGACAGAAAAAUGGUACCCAGUGGUAGGCGACAAAGGUCCUUUAAAGGAUCCACCAGCACUCAGGGUAAAAUGUCGUUUCCAGUCGGUCGACAUACUGCCGGUUCAGGUUUACCAGGAGUUCCUGGAAUACUUGAAGACCGAUUACGCGUCCCUCUGCGAGAAACUCGAACCGGUAAUCGGCGUCAAGGCGAAGGAAGAUAUUGCGACUGCCUUGGUAGCCGUUAUGCAACGCGAGAAAAAAGCACCGCAAUUCUUAGCGGAUCUCGUUAUGAUGGACAUUCAUAGAAUAGACGAUGAAAGGCUAACAUUCCGCGGAAAUUCUUUGGCUACUAAGGCAAUGGAGGCAUAUUUGAAGUUAACAGGCGAUAGGUACCUACAGGAGACACUUGGGGCUGUAGUAAGAGGUGCCGUAGAAGGUGGAGACUGUGAGGUGGAUCCACUCAAGGUCGCCUCUGUAGCCGCAUUACAUAAACAACAACAAAAUCUACGUAAUGCGGUAGAAUUGGCCUGGAGUAGGAUAUUGGCCAGUCACGCGCAUUUUCCUCUUGAAUUGCGUGAAUGCUUUCGCAUUUUCCGCGAGCGUUUAGCCGAUAUGUGCAGGGAGGAUAUAGCAGAUAAUUUAAUAUCUGCUUCUAUCUUCUUAAGAUUUCUCUGUCCUGCCAUUCUCAGUCCGUCUCUUUUCAACAUCACACACGAAUAUCCGAACGAGAAAGCAGCGAGAAAUCUGACCCUGGUAGCGAAGACCCUACAGACAUUGGCGAACUUCACGAGAUUUCAGGGAAAGGAAAAUUUCAUGGAGUUCAUGAAUGAUCUUUUGGAACGAGAAGCACCGUCCAUGAAGAAUUUUCUGCAACUAAUAAGCAGUCCAUUACCAAAAGACGCACCGGCAAACAACUCGUUGGAAUUCGACGGUUAUAUUGACCUAGGAAAACAAUUGUCUCUCCUUCAUGCAUUAUUAAGAGAAAGCGUUGCGGCAAUGGCAUCGUCCUCGCAAUCGUCACCACCUACCAAAUUGUUAGAAAUUCUCGAUAGGAUUUCUUUGGCAUUGGAUCAACCUGGACCUAGUCCUGUGCCAGCUACCCAUCGUUAUCAAAAUUUACAAAACAAUAUAUUCCGUUAUAACGAUCCAACGAUUGCCAACAGCAACACGAAUCUCUCGGUCUCGGCAACGUCUACGUUAAGCAAUCAUAGUACUCUGAAUGGUACGAUAAGAGACAGCAACGAAUUGUUGCAAUCCAACACUCUGGGUCAUAACAGUUCGCGUAGCCCUAACGUCGUAAGAGCGGCCACUCUUCCUCGAAACGCUUAUAUGGCUAACAACGGGAAAUUGCAAUUACAAAUCAAUACGGACGAUUAUCCAUUAGAGCCAGCGGCGUUUGUAUCUCGUUCACCGACGCCGAUUGUACGUCAACACAGGCCGAUCAUCCAAACCCGUGCCGGUUCUGGUUACAGAUUAACAGCCAGCGCCAGUCUGGCUAAUGUCAAUCAUUGCCAAACACAUCCAUCCAGUCCGACGCGUUCCGAAAGUCACAGCAAUCUCAAAGAUUCGAAUUACAAUAUAACGUUAACGCAAAACAAUCAGCCGAGCAAUUUGAACAGUAUCUCUCAUCAUCACCAUCACCAUCAUCAUCAUCAUCAGCAGCAGCAGCAACAGCAGCAGCAACAACAACAACAACAACAACAGCAACAACAACAGCAACAACAACAACAACAACAACAGCAGCAGCAACAUUAUAGACACAAUAUGGCCAGAUUGCAAAAUCUCGAUAUUCACGAUAGGGAGGACAAUUAUAAUCACAAUAAUUACAAUGUCUCAAGGUCGGCAAGUAGGAAUCAUUGUCGUAAAGAGGAAAACGCUAAUCAGACCCAACAACAGAAUUACAAUAAUGUCUCGAAGACGACGGUUAACGCGAAUGUCGUUGUCAAUCCAACGACAAAUUUAACAUUAUCUAUAAAUCAUCAUCAGCCAAACAACAAUUACAACAACGCUAAAGGUGUCAAUACGGGUACCACUAACACUGCCAAUGGUAAUCUCGACGAACUUUCGGAUCUCCUCAGGUACGCCGACGAUGAGGUUUCCGAAUCUAAAUCGCAAAAGGGAUCACAAAUAUCGAUCUCUCAGUUGAGCAACGUAGCUUCCUCGGGUUAUCAGAGCUUCGCUGCUUACAGUCAAAGUUCAAGUCCGGUUGAUCUAACCAGCAACAACGCGAAUCCCCAUAUUCUCACUGCCGCUCCAUUGGCCUUUGCCAAUCCUGUAUAUCACAUGGACUCGAAUCAUGGUAGAUCAGGUAGAAGGGGUAGUACUAGCUCGGAGGAGAGGGAUGGUAGCGGUGGAGGUGGUGUCGAGGGUGUUAGAGGUGUCGAUUUAAGUCCCUCGCCGCCUCCUCAAAACAACGUUAGAAAUCUUCAAAGGAACGGACAAAAUCAAUGGCGGCAAAUCAAUCAAACGCAUAGAAGUAAUUCCGAACAACAGCAAGGCGUUUGUUGCAACAAAUUGAGAAGAAGAUUAUCCUUAGACUCUACUAGAGAUCUUUCGGAUACUAGCGAGGAAGAAAAUUGCACGACUAGGAGAAGUAAAUCUCGAAGUCAUCGUAGCAUCGAUCAGUAUCAGGUGGAAAUCGAGAGGCUGCAGAGUAGCGUUGAUCGAGUAAGAGCUCGAUUUGGUGGGAACGAAGAUAACGAUAUAAACGGCAUCGCACCAGACACCGAGAUGAAGACCAUCAUCUCCAGGCUUGAUCUGGACCUUGGUUUUAAUCUCCAUGGAGGAGGAGUCACGGCGCAAGGAACAGAAACUUUCGGCCGCGUUGUCGUACAAGCAGCGCGUGAUCGACGCGUUGGAACAACAGAUAGCGGCCUUGGACGCGGAGAAUUCAAGAUUGACGCUAUCGAACACGCGGCUACUUUCCGCAUUGACGGAUCUUAAACAACGUUACAACGCAAAGGCUCAGCCAAGCAACGAGACUACGACGGCCCUUUUGCAGAAUAUCGCUGAUAUAGGUGAAUUGAAGAGUUCUUCCUGUUAAUUGAUCUACGCGUUCUCUCGGCUCGAAGGUCGAAUUUUUAAAGAAGAAGAAGAAGAGGAAGAAGAAGAUAGAAACAAAAAAAUAUGCAUUUUUCAAAGCACGAAGAUCAACAAACAAAUCAAUCUGCUGUUUGCUGUUGCCCACGUUGCUAUUGUUGCUGCUGCUGUUGCUGUUACGUUGCAAUCAACUCGACUGAUCUACUAUCGCUUAGCGCUGGCUACCUCCCAGUUUAUAAUCAUACCGAGAAAUAAUAAUAAUAAUAAUAAUAAUAAUAAUAAUAAUAAUAAUAAUAAUAAUAAUAAUAAUACUAAUAAUAAUAAUAAUAAUAAUUAUAAUAAUUAUAAUUAUAAUAAUAUUAUAAU